AUGCAUUUGUUUACGGAACUACCAUCAUGUAAUGUGAAAUUAGAUGAAGAAAAGAAACUGAUAUUUUUAAAUGAUGAGUAUUUAAGAUGGUGUGAUAAUGUGUUAGAAGUAACAUUAUCAGAUGGAGAAUUUGAAACUACCAUCAAUAAAAACAUACUGUUAUACUUAACAACAGAACGAUUAAUGAUAUUCUAUGAAUUAAAUGGAUACAUGACAGUAUAUGGAAUACCAAUAGGAUGGAUGAAUGAUACAAGAUCAUUUAUAGUUGGUAACAAUUUGCUAAUUAAUUUAAAUGUACGUUUUAAAACUCGAUCACAAGAGUUAAUUUUUUAUAAACUUUUAUUGAAAGAAAUAAAAGAUUUUAAAUCAAAGAAUAAUUAUGAGACUGAUAAAAACAUUUUACAACACGUGCAUUAUUAUAAUUUUAAGAAGGGAUAG